AUGCCUACACGUUCAACUUAUAAUCAACCAACAUCAUCAGCAUCAAAUCAUCAAAUAAUCAAUAAUAAUAAUUUAAAUCAAUUACAAACAGUUAAUUCUAAUACGGAUAUAACAUCUUAUAUUGGAAAAACUUUAACAAUUAAUCAACAUCAAGUUAUUGUUGAAGAUAUUCUUGGACAAGGUGGAUUUGCAUUUGUAUUUCUUGUUCGAUCAACUAAUCAACAACGUUAUGCACUUAAACGAAUGUAUGUUAAUAAUGAACGAGAUUUAAUUGUAUGUCAACGUGAAAUAUCGAUAUUAAAAGAAUUUUCAACACAUACAAAUAUUGUUAAAUAUAUUGAUUCAUCUAUACAACGUUUAUCUCCGCCAUCCCAAUCGAAUCUACAAAAAAAACCUAUAUCUGAUGAUGAUGAUGAUGAUACUGAAGAUGAUGCUAUUUAUGAAAUACUAUUAUUAACGGAAUAUUGUUCAAAUGGAGCAUUAACUACUCGUUUAAAUGAACAACGUAAUAAUGGUGUAUUAUUAAAUGAACGUCAAAUUUUACGUAUAUUUGCUGAUAUUUGUAAUGCUGUAAGUGUAUGUCAUUAUCGUCGUCCUCAACCGAUACUACAUCGUGAUAUUAAAUUAGAAAAUAUUCUUAUUGAUUCUCAUCAAUCAUUUCUUCUAUGUGAUUUUGGUUCAGCUAUUAUGCUUCCAUCUUCAAAACAUAAUGAUCAUCAACAAUAUCAAUCCACUCAAUUAACUACAACAACUAUUCAACAACUUGAAGAAGAAAUUCAACGUUAUACAACAUUAUCAUAUCGUGCACCUGAAAUGAUUGAUUUAUAUAGUCGAUUACCAAUUACAUUAAAAGCUGAUAUAUGGGCAAUGGGAUGUCUUCUAUAUAAACUUAUGUAUAAUAUAAUGCCAUUUGGAGAUAGUAUUUUAGCAAUACAAAAUGGAACAUUUCAUAUACCAGAUGAUAUGUCACAAGUUUAUAGUCGAGAAUUAAAUAUAUUUGUCCGAUAUAUAUUAGAAAUCGAUAUCAAUAAAAGACCAGAUAUUUGGCAGGUUGCUUCUAUAACGUAUAAAUUACUUGGUAUCGACUGUCCAAUUCCAAAUCGAUAUCAAUCAAAAAUCCCUGAUUUAAGUACAAUAUCAAUGCCAUUAACAGAUAGUGAAUUUCGUCAUCAACGAGCAAUGGCUUUAGCAAAUGCAAAAUCCACAAUAACAAAUACAUCUGAUGAAACAUCUAAUCUUGGUACAGCAGUUAACCCACGUGAACGUCCACGUGGUAUGAUGGCACCAUCUGGUUCAUUGAUUAAUUUUAAUCAAACCACUCAACGACCGACAGCAGUUGUUGUACCUCCACUUGUGCCGCCAGUUCUACCUCCCGCUCCAAUUUCAACUCUAGUUCCGAGUCCAUCUCGAUCUUCUCAUCAACGAUCAGGUUCAGCAGCUCAACUUAUGUUUGAUGAUGAUUUUUCACAAUUUCCAAAUCAUGCUCUUAGCUUAACUAAUAUUUCAAAUGUGACAACACCAAAAGCUGCAAUAGCAACACCUGAACGUAAUGUUUCUCGCGCACGACCAUCACCACCAGCAUCAUUAUCUGCAGCAUCUAGUGUUACUUUACAACAACAAUUAUUUCCUCCUCCUCCACCUUCUUCAAGCAAUACACAAUUAACAGCAACACCUUUAAAUCAUCAUCAACAUCGACGUAGUGCAUCACAAACUAUGAGUCCAACGAAUAAUCAAAUACCUUUUCCACAAACGUCUUCCAUUGAACCAAAUCCAUCAUUUGAUCGUCGACAUUCAAUUGAUUCAUCGACAAAACAAAUACAACCUGACGUACUUUUUAUUGGUGAAGCAUCUGAUGAUGAUGAAGAUGAUGAUGAUGAAGCAUUAGAAACAAAUUUAAAUAAAUUAAAAGUUUAUAAUCAUUCAACAGAAAAUGUUAAAUCUCGAGAAAGCCUGAUUUUAAAUGAAGAUGAUCGUUUAUUUGCUAAAACAUAUACUAUUAAUUCACAAUUAAAAUCUGAUGAUGAACAAUCAUCAUCAUCACUAUCAGAUGAUAAUGAAAAAAUGAAUCGGAAGAAUAAAAAGAAACCUCCAUCACAACAAACACCAUUACGUUCAAAUCAUCAUGCAUCGACAGAUGAAACAGAUAAACAUUUAUCAUCCCCUAGUACAACAAAUAAAAAUCUUGUUAAACGUUUAAUUGAACGUUGUUCUCUUCAACAACCACAACAACAACAACCGGAUGAGCCUAUAACAACUUCAACACCAUAUAAACGAAAGGAUUCUUUUAUACUUUCCAAUGAACAUCCAAUUGUAAUGGGCGGUCAUUCUGAUAAUAAUGGCAACGAUGAUGAUGAUGACGAUGAGAAACGUAAUGUUAACAAUCAUGAUAUGAAUAAUGUUGGAUUUGAUCAAUUGAUUAAUGAAGAUUCAGAUGAUGAUGUACCUUUACAAACACCAAAUACGGAUAAGACGAAUGCUAGUAGUAGUCUUUUUACGACAUCACGUCAUAAAGAACAACAAUAUGAACAUUUUCAAGAUUCUGAUGAUGAAACAAAUCAUUCAACACCAAAAACAUCAUCUAAUCCAACAACAAAACUAUUUAAUCUCUUUACAACAAAUUCAAAAACAAAUCCAUCCAAUGAUACAAAGCGUAUAAUUAAUGAGCGUAAUAAUCAAACAAAUUCUUCUUUUAUUGAUAAUGAUAAUCCAUUUCUUCACGCACCUUUUAAUCGUACUCAUCGUUCUCCAACACAAAAACAAAUAUCACAAGCUCCGUCUUCAUCUAUGAAUGUUGAUACAAUAUCUACAUCUAAUACUUCCUCUUUUGAUCCAACUAGUAUUGUUAUUGGAAAAAGACUUAGUGCAUUUGCUCCUUACCAUAGACAAGAACCAAAUUCUGGCAAUAAUGUAAUUGAUCCAACAUCAUCAUCAUCAUCAGCGUUUAAUUUCGGUACAUCUACACAAAAGCUUCCACAUUCAGAAUCUUUUCCUCCGGGUAUUACUAAUAAUACGAAUCCAAAUAAUCAAUCAGCGAUAUCGAAAGAUGUUUUUACAAAUGCACCAUUUAAAACAAAAUUAACAACUAAACAACAACGUUCAAUGGCAGCGAAUAAAACAAAUGCUAUAUCACCAUCAUCAUCUCAUUCAACUUCAUCAUCAAAUUCUCAAUUAAUUGAUUUUACUGUUCCAUCACAUUCAACAGUUGAAUCAACAAUAAAAGAACAGACUCUCUCAUCGCCUAUACGUCGUCCUGUUGGUUCAGCUGCUCUAGCAACAAAUUUCAGUACAUUUGGAGGAAUAAAUACAAAAAAUGAUGCAUACUAUUUUCAUUCCGAACGUGUUAAUGAGGGACAUUCAUCAGGAGAAGAAUUAACAUCAUCAUCAUCAUCAUCAACACGAAAACGUCGUAAUAAAAAGAAAUCUUCCAUAAAUACCGGAAAUGAUUCUCAACAACAUGCUUAUGCAAAUCUAUCAUUUAACGAUAAUAUUGUCGAUGAAUUACUAUGA